AUGUUUUCUUUGAAUUCCAAACCAGUCAUACGUCGCGAUUUGCUGGCGGAGGUCGGGAUCGAUUUCUCCUCCCACGUCCGCGAACAAAGAGACGAUAAAUUUGAAGCAAUGCAACCCUCUGUAAUUCAGCCUCGCCGGUCCAAGUUUCCAAUGACGAGCACCGAGCUUGAGACAAUCCUUCGCUCUCCAAACGCGAUCGUUCCUCCUUCAAAACAGGACAUUUCCAAAUUCACAGUGGCAGCAGAAGGGGAUAUUAAGAUGUAUGAAGGAUAUAUUGAACAGCUUCGAAGCAAGAUCUCCCUCAUUAAGCGCGAAAUCUCCCAGUUCGAGUCGUUACGGUCUCCCAUCCGCCGAAUACCUCCUGAAACACUACGCGAAAUCUUCCUUUCUGCAUCAGGCUACAAUUCAUUUGGAUUUAAGGCUAUUUGGAAGUCUACUGCUCUCGACCUCGCCGCUGUUUGUUCUCGGUGGAGGGAAGCUGCUAUCGCAACUCCAGAACUUUGGUCAAUGUUGUCCGUCCGCAUUUGCGACAGAGCAGCCGAGCUCGUGAAACUAGCUCUGAUACGUUCAAAGGAAGCUCUACUGUCUCUUGUGCUCGAAGACACUUUCAUUGAUGCCAACGCGGCGUUGCUUUCGCUAUUGUCUGAACAUCGGAAUAGAUGGAAACAUCUUAACAUGGAGAGAUUGAGCGAAGAAACUGUUUGCCUCGCACUCGACGAUCGUCUUGCUUCCCUUCCGUUGCUCGAAUCUGCUACCUUGGAGGGCGAUUGGCAUAAUUGGUCGAUGGAGGGCAUCAAUAAUGCACCCAAACUUAGGCGUCUCGAAAUAAUUAGGGACGAAGUACGCGCUCAUGUUGAACAGCAUAGGUUGGAAGGCCUACAUCAUCUUGAUUUGGAGUACGACAGAUGGGAAAGGGUAGACGUUGACCUUGCGCCGCUCAAGGCUGCUAAAAAGCUUCGCUCCUUCCGCUUUUUCGGCAAGGCUCUUGCCCUUGGAACCGGUAGUCAUUACUUCCCUCUCAUCCAGGAAGACCGAGAAACCGUCGAUGAUAUACCUCAUAUCACCUCCCCCAUCACUUCUCUUUCUCUUCAUUUUCUCAACAGCUGUGGAGUAUAUAACAUACUCACCGAUAUAUUCCUUGUCUUGACCCUCCCAUCCCUCACGUCCCUCGAAAUCCAUGGGGAGGUGGCUCUUAAGCAAGAGAAUAUAAAAGACCAUACUGUGGAACAGCCGAUUUUCUACUCUAACUGGCCACAUCAUGCCAUAACUUCCUGCAUUCUUCGCUCUGGGUGCAGCCUCACUACUUUGUCAUUGCUUGGAAUGCCCAUACAUGAUACAUAUAUCAUACGACUCUUUCGACUUACUCCUGCCCUUCAAAAGCUCACUAUCCAUGAACUUUGCGCUGACCAUGGAAUCGACCUGAAGAAGCUCCAUAUCCCACUCAAACAAAACGUGACGAAGAAACUGUUGGAGGAACUCAGAGUGACCGAUGAAAGACACCCUUCCAUUCCAAAGCUUAGGUAUCUGGAACUCCGGGUUCAAUCUCACUUUGACGUGGACAAAGCGUUCGUGGAGAUGGUAGAGUCGCGUUGGUCAUUGAUCAACCUUGAAUUGUGGCCGCAGAUGGAGCGGUUGAGGACUGUAUCACUGAUUGUUUUAGACCGGAAAUUGGACGAGGGCGUGUACGAGCCGUUGAGAAAGUUGGAUAGGGCUGGGAUGAUGGUCAGCGUUCUUGCUAAGGGUGUAUACAUCGUGUAAGACGGUUACGUCCAUUGGUGUAUUACGGAAGUACUACACGAAAUAUGUAUUCCUUUUUGCAC